GAUUCUAUGGUCAAAUGUCGCCCUUCUUAUAGAAGCUUAUUUUAUAGGCGGAUCCGUAGGAUUUCUCGUGAGGUAAAAUGCAGGUAUUUAGAGCGAAGAAUUUGGCUUGGAAGACAAAGUGCACCAGAAAAUGACGUAGUAGUGUAAAUUCCGGAAACGUAUUAAUUAAGGAACGUGGCAAGAGGACCUUAAACGCGCUCAGUCAAGUUUAUAUCAAAGGAAAGGCAUAAUCAUCUUUAAAGAUGUUGAAGCGAUCAGCGGAUAAUGGGGACACCAGUUCCCAGCCACCUAUCAAAAAAGUCCAAUUUGAGCCGAUUUUAAUCGGACCUAUAUCUACUUUAGAGGAGAUGGACAUGAAGGUGUUACAAUUUCAGAAUAAGAAACUGGCACAGAGAUUAGAACAAAGACACAGAAUGGAAGCUGAAUUAAGACAACGUAUUGAGCAAUUGGAAAAACGUCAAAUGCAGGAUGAUGCAGUACUUAAUGUAGUUAAUCGAUAUUGGAAUCAACUUAACGAGGAUAUACGUGUAUUGCUUCAAAGAUUUGAUGCUGAAACUGCAGACGAAUCGGAAAAUAAAAACGAGAGCGAGGCUACGACGUCAUUCCUCAUGCAAUUAUCUUCUUGGGACAAAGAGGAGCUGGAUGAUAAAUUGGCGAAUCGAGUACAGGUAUCUAAGCGAGCAGUGUCUAAAGUUGUACAGGCAUUUGAUCGUUUGUCUCAAAGAAAUGAAAAGAUCACGCUUGCCCUCAAAGGGGAGUUUGAUGGUGAUGAGGCACCAAAUAUCGAUGAGGUAGUACGUCGUGCGAAUGCGGAGAUACAAAUGGAAAAUAGAAAUCUGCAGGCAAUAAACAUACAACUACAUGAGAAAUAUCACACUAUUUCAUUGAAGAUGUCAGAACUACAAGACACUAUAAUGGGAAAGGAUACACUUGCGGCAGAAUUGCGAAAUCAGGUGGAUGAUCUGCAGUAUGAAUUGAAUAAAGUGCGAGCACGAAAUGAUAAAUUGGAACACCAUCUCGGAGAGGCGAUCGAAAAGUUAAAAGCUUUCCAGCAGAUUCAUGGCACAGAUGAAAAGGGUAGUAAUAAACCCAGCACUUUGGUUGCAUCCAGUGUUUCACAGACUAAGCUUGAGGAUCUGCAAAGAGAGUUGGAAGAGACGCGCGAAUUGGCUAACAAUAGAUUACAAGAAUUGGACAAACUGCAUCAACAGCAUCGUGACACCUUAAAAGAAGUGGAGAAAUUGAAAAUGGAUAUAAGGCAACUGCCCGAGUCGGUGAUAGUAGAAACGACCGAGUACAAGUGUUUGCAAUCACAAUUUUCUGUAUUGUACAAUGAGUCUAUGCAGUUAAAAACACAAUUGGAUGAUGCUCGUCAACAAUUACAGUCGAGCAAGAAUAUACACUUACGUCAUAUUGAGAUGAUGGAAAGCGAAGAGUUAAUGGCCCAAAAGAAGUUGCGUGGUGAAUGUAUACAGCUUGAAGAUGUUUUGGCGCAAUUGCGCAAGGAAUAUGAAAUGCUUCGCAUCGAGUUUGAGCAAAAUUUAGCGGCUAACGAACAAACGGGUCCGAUUAAUCGCGAAAUGCGACAUCUCAUCACUUCCCUUCAGAAUCACAAUCAACAGUUAAAAGGAGAAGUGAUUCGUUACAAGCGAAAGUAUAAGGAGACUUCCACCGAGAUACCACGGCUGAAAAAAGAAGUAGAAGAACUGACAGCGAAAUUGGGUCAGCAAACAUCUCAAGAAAACAAAGAAGGUAACAAUUCAGAUGGCAGUGGGAAAGAGGAGGAUGCCCCUAACUCCUUGCCAGGUUCUACACAGAUAAAAGAAGAAAGUGGUGUUAACAUAAAAAGGGAAAUUGUUGAUGAAGAAGUGGAAACUAUCGAAGUGGGAGAAGGUGAAGGUAGUAAAGGAACUCCUGAUUCUGUAACGUUAACUUCACCCACUAUAAAAAAAGAGAAAGACAUCAAACGUGAGAAAGACAUUAAAAAAGAAUCUGUAAAAACCGAGCAUCGCGAUCCAGUACAUCGUAACAAGGACACAAAAAUGGCAGAAUCAGAACUUGUCAGAGAUUUGAAGGCACAGCUAAAAAAGGCUGUGAAUGAAAUGAAAGAGAUGAAACUUUUAUUGGAUAUGUACAAAGGUGUUGGGAAAGAGCAACGCGACAAGGUACAGUUGAUGGCUGCAGAACGUAAAACGAGGGCAGAGCUGGAAGAUUUACGGCAGCAAAUUAAGAAGAUUCAAGAAAGUAAACGUGAAGAACGUAAAAAAUUGGCUGACGAGGAUGCGCAGAUAAAAAUUAAAAAGUUAGAGGAUCAAGCAUACACAUUGCAACGUCAAGUGGCUUGUCAAAAACAGACGGCUUUAUUUAAUCUUUGUAGUGCACACGAACGGUGGUGUAACACUGAACAGAAUUGUGUGUGGCUGCAGGAGGAGGAAGCGCUUUUGAACGAGAUGGAAGUGACGGGACAGGCGUUUGAGGACAUGCAGGAGCAGAACUCGAGACUGAUACAGCAGCUACGCGAAAAGGACGACGCGAAUUUCAAACUCAUGACGGAAAGAAUCAAGAGCAAUCAGCUGCACAAACUCGCGCGCGAAGAGAAGGACGUAUUGAAGGAACAAGUAUCCACACUAACCACACAAGUAGAGGCGGCCAAUGUCGUCGUACGAAAACUGGAGGAGAAGGAGCGUCUUUUGCAGAAUUCUCUCGCGACUGUCGAAAAAGAACUAGCCUUGAGGCAGCAAGCAAUGGAAAUGCACAAACGAAAAGCGAUAGAAAGUGCACAAUCGGCCGCCGAUCUCAAGCUCCAUCUUGAAAAAUAUCAUUCCCAAAUGAAAGAAGCGCAACAGGUAGUGGCUGAGAAGACAAGCUCUUUGGAAGCUGAAGCAUAUAAAACUAAAAGAUUACAGGAGGAAAUAGCGCAACUUCGACGUAAAGUCGAGCGUAUGAAGAAGAUUGAACUCGCUGAGACCUUGGAUGAGGUGAUGGCGGAAGAGUUACGAGAAUAUAAGGAGACACUUACUUGCCCAUCCUGCAAGGUGAAACGCAAAGAUGCCGUACUCACAAAGUGCUUCCAUGUGUUUUGUUGGGACUGUUUGCGUACGCGUUAUGAAACGCGACAACGGAAAUGCCCGAAGUGCAAUUGCGCAUUCGGCGCAAACGAUUAUCACCGACUGUAUUUGUCCACAUGAAGAAAGAGACGAUACUGAUUGGUUCGAUGGUGUACUACGACCUACAGCGACAGAGACAUCUUGCAAUACCCGCAUUUCUCUUUUUUUAUAUUUUUUUAUUUAUUACUUUGACUUUUUGUGGAAAACACGACCUUCUGAGCGCGUAAACGUGGAAUGAUCACGGAUUUUGUAAGAUUCUUAUUGUUUUGUCGACUGAAAGGAAAAAAAAUUAAAGAUGGAAGUUAAAGAAGGAAAGAUAUAUAUAGAGAGAGAAAGAGAGAAAGAUCAGCUGAAAUUAGUGUUUCAUUUUUAAUAUGUCAGUAAUAUUCAUAUUAAGCUGUAAACUUUUAUGGGUAAGCUUCUAGUUUCAUCUGUUAGGUAAAAGAAAUAUUCUUACAGUUUAAUCUCUUCUUUUUAAAUCUGCAUAAAAUUAUUAACAAGGCUAUGUGUAAGUAUGAUCAAUAUUCUAGAUCAUUGGUUCUCAAAUUUAUAUUAGACUCUGCCUAUACAAGCAUUUCACUUUCCUUUCUCUUUUUUUUAAGAAUAUAUGUAUAUACGUAAAAAUUAUAUACAUAUUACACACACACACACACACACACACACACACACACACACACACACAUAUUACUUUACUUUAAAGAAAGAGAAUGUUAUAUAUAAUGUAGAGAAUAAAUUUAUGAAACUAAGGAGUCAAUCCCAUUUGCACAAAUUUGGGAGCCACUGACUUAAAUCAAUAAUCGCGUUCAGCAGGUGCAAAACUGAACACUCGUUCUUUUGUAUUGUCUGAGUUUGAUUCGAUUGUAUAACACUAUUGUAUAUUAUAUUUACGCCAAUCAAACUCAAUACUGUUACUCGAAGUUGUGAAUCUGUUGAAUGCAAUUAAUGGGCUGAUGGAAUUCUAUAUUUUGGAGGUUAAGUCACUUCAUCCUUUUAUCUUUCCAAAUUGAGAAUGAUGAGAAGUAUCGAAAGAAUGUUUUAAUCUUUUCUAAUUAUUCCUUUUUAAUCUUCUCAUUAAAAUUUGGAUUAAUUUUUGAUAACUAAUAAUUAACUGACAAUUUGGAUAUCAUAUAGAAUUAAAUAUAAUUUGAUUUUGCUUAUAACAUACGAACAAGAAAUUACUUUGCAAUGAUCAGACUGUUUAACAUUAUUUGAUAUUCAAUAAUUUACUUAUCUUUUUUUACUAUGUACAUUAUUAUCAUAAUAUACAUAAUUCAUAAAAUUAAAAGAGAAAAAUAGAAAUAAUUGGUUAAUAGAAAGUGAUGUAAUGUCUAUUAAAUUUUUUGACAGACAACGUUCGCAAAUGUCGUGUUGACAUCAAUAUCUACAUGCAAAUAAUUUGUCAUAAUGUACAAAUUUUACGUUCUCGCUUACAACCCGUGUCUGCUGAAUCAAGAGUUAAAUAUUUUGUAGAAUUUACUUUCAAGAUACCCAUACUAGUUCGCUGUAUCAUGAUAUAAAUAUGUUCUCAAAUAUUUUCGUGUAUGAAUAUCAAUUAUGAUAUGUCUAUGUAUACACGUUCGCAUAUACUAUAACGUAAGACAAGAAGAACAGACAAAUAGUAGAAGUAGUGAAUUAGAUAAUUUACCUCGCUAUAAGAAUGCAUCAAGUGUGUAGGAUAAAAAUAGAGUGUAAAAGCUGUGUUUCAGUAGAAUUAAGAGCUAUCUGUUUCUAGACUUUUAUUUUAUUGAACCGUUUGUAACUAGAUCUCUCGAUUUCGAUGAAUUUCAAAUGUGUUGUAGGAUAAAUUAUGCAAAUAAGCAGUUACGUAUUUUCUUUUCAUCACGUAUCUUCUCAUCACUAUAGUUUAAAAUUUCCCGGGAAUGUAAUUUCUAAAAAUUCACUGAAUAUAGGAAAGAUUACUUCAAAAUGUCACAAUACGUAGAGAUGUGCAUUUUAUAUAAAAAUUAGAGAGAUGAUUAGAUGAAUAAAUUUCACCUUCUCCAGUAACUAUCCAAAAAAAGUUUACAAGUUCUAGAAUUGUCUUGUAUAAAGAUAUUCUCAAAUAAUGUUUCAAUUCUAAAGACGCAGUACAAAAAGAAAGUUCUUUUUUAGCUAUUUUAGAUAUGAUGGAUUUCUAGAAGUCGGUGACAGAAACGUUUUAAACGUUUCUUCGUUGACGAUGCGUUAGCUUACAUUUUCUUUGAUGCAUUUUUUUAUAUUUUUUUACUUUUACUUAUUAAGAUUUCAGUUCUUUUUGCUGAUUAAAUCAAAUGCGAAAAAAAGUAAAUAAAGAUGAAAAUCAGCAUUCGUAUCGAAUGUCUUUUUCUCUUUUUCUCUCUUUGCGUCAUGUGUAAUAGCAUUAAUGUGUCGAGCAUAAUUAAAUCGAUUUUCGGUGACGCAGUUGUCGGAGCAUGAUAAUAUACUAACGAUUUAUAAUAGUUGUAUAAGUGGUGAAUGUUUUUUUCAUGGCUGUUUGGGAACAAUUUCGGUAGGUCGCUUAGUCGUAUUUUUUAAUUUGUAAAGUUUAUCUCAUGUCUAAAAUUUGUUCAAAAAUUCCCUGCAUAGUUUCAAUAAUUACCUAAUCUUCGUUUAUUUAAAGCAAUUAACUUCUAUUUAUGCUAAAAUAAAUUAUAUCAUAUUUCGAACUGUUGAAACCUGAUUCAGAAACAAACUUUCGAGAAAAAUCAUAUUUAUAAUGACAGUAUUAUAUUCCUAGCGAGAAGUCUGCUAUAUUAUCAUAUAGUAAUCUUCCCUGAAGAAUAUAAACUAAAUAGAAGUGUAUAAGUUUCGUGUUGAACGACAACAGCGUAUAAUUAUCUUAUCAUCUAUCAAUUAUAUGUCACAAUUAAAUCGAAGUUAUAAGACGGAUGAAAAUAAAUUCUCAAUUUUCCUUCAUCUAAAA